GGUUCACAAUAACAAAAAUGUGGGAAAAUAUAAUUGAGUAUUUAAAAGAUCCGUUACUAGUUGUUAAAGUGCAAAAUUUUUUCGGUGUUAUUUACAACAAAAGGAGUGUUCGUGAUAAUGAAUGUGAAGUCGUACAUUCGGAGAGACUUGAAAGAGAGAAAGAAGACUUUGACUUAACGCAUAAGAGGAUACCUAGCAAUACUUCCAGCAGCUCGUCGUCGUAUGAUACGGAUACGUCGGCGGAGGUAGACGAAGUGGAGUGUCACAUAGAGAACAAGUUCUGGUAUUAUCUGUUCGUGAUAGGAACAGCGCUGGGCGAUGAGAUAUUCUAUGCGACAUUUAUCCCUUUCUGGUUCUGGAACAUCGAUGGCGCGGUCGGGCGGCGCGUUGUGCUCGUAUGGACCAUUGUUAUGUACAUAGGCCAAGGUUUUAAAGACAUAAUCCGCUGGCCUCGGCCAGGCUAUCCUGUCAAAAAACUACAAACGAAGUGGGCGAUAGAGUACGGUAUGCCGUCAACGCACGCCAUGGUGGGCGUUUCCAUACCAUUCUCGGUGCUGCUGUACACUAUGGACCGGUACGAGUACCCCUCGCACUGGGGUAUUUUCAUUGCAGUCUCGUGGUGUACCCUAAUAUGCGUCAGUAGGGUCUAUUUAGGCAUGCAUAGUGUGUUGGACAUCGCAGCAGGUCUGCUCCUCUCAUCUGGCUUGCUAGUGAUCCUAAUUCCACUGGUGGAUUACCUGGACGGCUUGAUCCUCACCAGCCACUGGUCGCCCUUGCUCAUUCUGGUCAUCUCCAUCGCUGUCAUCGUGUUCUAUCCCAACGCAGACAAGUGGACCCCUACCAGGGGCGACACGACGAUGAUAGUGAGCGUGUGCGCGGGCAUCCUGGCGGGGUCUUGGACCAACUACCUAGUGGGGAACAUGCAGCCGCCCCAAUCGCCGCCUCCUUACGCGGUGAUCUGGCCCUCGGUGGAAAUGCUGGGCUGCACGCUGCUGCGCACCACUCUGGGCUUCUGCGGCGUGGUGGCCACCAGGGCCAUCGCCAAGUCGCUGUCCUACGCCUUCGUCUGCGCCCUGCUGGGCAAGGACAAGAACGAGCUGAGGAACUCCGAGAACAGCCUCGACAACAAGAACAAAAUCGUCGUUGAACUGAGUUACAAAUAUUUCACCUACGGGUUGAUAGGUUUCAACACGACCUGCUUGUUCCCGAAUGUGUUCGAUCUGUUGAAGAUCAACCGGCCGACGUAUUACACGGAGAUUUGAUUCUAGUCAUACUUUGCUACAGGACUUGUGGCCUUAUACGUUUGUGCGGCGUGACUUCGUGUGAGGGGGACUUGGCUGGGUGGCGGGAGACUCGUUUUUACAACAAUUCUUUUCGUUUUCUGACAUUAUCGAAAGAAAUGCUCUACAAAAAAUAACACAGAACUAUAAAUACAGUACACGUGAUUAGUUAGUGUCACACGCGUGCCAACUGUAGACGUAGUUGCGCCUACUUGAGCUCGGUUCGCCAUUUUCGCUUUGUACAGUAUGGUUGUGUAAAUUCUUUCGCGCAACUUCUCUAAAAUCCUAGAGUAUGCCUGAUGAGCUAUUUUGAAGUGCAAAAAUGAUAGCAGCACCAAAAAUAUUAACCCUUGGUGGUAUUUCAUAUCAUCGAUAAGUCUUAUUUUAAUAAAUUUUCAAUUUUCUGUUUAUCGAAUUGUUAGUGUUGUGUUUAUUUUAAACUUAAUUGAUCGAAGUUCAGUUUGCAAUGUGUGUGUUGAACAAAAUAUCUGUUGUCGAGAAGAGACUACUUUGUAUUCGUUCGUUGUAGUCCAACUAACGGCCGCAAGUGGCAGCACGUUGAAAACAUUUCAAUAUAAAAUCAAAACGUCGUUACUUGCAAUUAAGGUAUUGAACUUUUAACAAUAUAGGGACUGGGUAAAGUUUAAAUUAUAUUAACAGUCCAGAAUUUGUUACGUCUUUAUAAAUUAGAAACUACCACCAAUCAUUAUUAAGAUUUCAUAGCGUUUAUCAUUUGUUUGUGUGCAUUUUGACGACAGCUAUCAGAAUAUAGUAAUCGAGGUGUAGGGCACUUCCAUUUAUUUUUUCUUUCGUGAGAAAUUACAAACAACUUGACCAUUGUCUCCCGUCCGAGUUCGUUCACAAAACAUGUCUUUAGAUAAUUAAUAACAAACAGCGUUAACAUUGAAUGUAGCUGUUUCAUUCUUGUAUGAUAUUGUAGUAUUUACGUAGCCUUGUCCUUCUCACUUGGUCCGACCAUCGUUGCGUGCAAAAGGUGCUGUCGCCUGAGCAAUACAUUUUAAUAAAAUAAAUGCACGGUAUUUGUCGACAAUGUUUGUUAUUAGGAGAUUGUUAUGUGUAUUACUAGUUGUCACAAUUCUUAGGUCCAUAUUAGUAACCAACUUAUUACUCCGGUAUUAAGUGCAUCUCGGUAUCCGAAUGUAUCUCAAGGUGUCCUGCAUUAAUAGACUACAGUCAUCGGUAUCUUAGGCGAUGUAAUCUUAAGUUACCAAGACUUGAUUGAUAUGUAUUUAACAACGAUCUUGAACCGUAACUUAAAUACUGAGAUACGUUUAUUAAUAAUCUGAAAUGAGCACUCCAGUGAUAUUUAUUAAUAAAGACUUAAGAAAGAUCUUAAUAUCGAUCGUGCAUUCGAAAUGAGUUUAUUAAUAUGGGCCUUAAUAUCAAAUAUUAAUUUCGCAUGCAUUUAUAACAAUUAUAAUGCAAUUUUGUACACAUCGUAUUCUAAUAUUUGUGCCUAAAAUUUAAAAUUCUAAGAAUAGGUUAGUUUAGUGUAACAAAUUUUAAUGUGCACUUCACUAGAAGCACUGUAGCACUAUGUGUUGUUUAGUUAUCUUGUUGCAAGGUUCGUAUAAAUAUAAUUAAAACUUACUAAUUGGUUUUAACAAGUGAGCAGUUUUGUUGAAGAAAUAAUGUAGAAUUUAAUCAAUUUUGAUGAAC